AUGCAAGAGACAGCGGAUGAGCCCCAUGCGCUCGUACCAGUGCUUCAGCAGACCGCAAUGGCUUUUCGUGAAGGAAACCUUGAGGCGCUGAGAGAUGGCCUCCAGGAGCUACUUGAGGAGAUGCGGGCCAAGGAGCUUUGGCAAGGCGAGCGGGCCUGGCGCGCAUCGUGCUUGGACGGCGCAGCAUCGAAAGAGUUGGGGGUGGACAGCAUGACCACCUGGCUUUGCCGGAUGCUGAUGAAGGAGGAGCUAGCAAGCCUGGCAGAAGAGCUGAUUGAGGAGAUCUCGGCGGCCAAGAAGGAAGAGGUCCUCAGAGUCCCGUUGGAUUUUGGAGGAGUCCCUCCGGAGCUGUUGAUCUCCGUGGGCAGUCAUGUUUUGGAUUGGACCAUGGCCGAUGGGCGCUUCAUCUGGCAUGGUACGACGGCAGCCCUGAAACUGUUGCGAAGCUCCGAAACUGAUGAAGUUCCCCGGCUUCAUGUGGCUGACAAGGUGAUUCUGGAGUUGGGCUGCGGACUAGGCGUGGUUGGCUUGGCUUGUGCUUGUGCAGGCGCCAGAAAUGUCGUGCUUACCGACUAUGACAAGGAGCUCCUUUGUGCCUGCCAGCGUUCUAUAGUCUUUAACUCCUUGGAGCAUAGAGUUUCGACAUUGCAACUGGAUUGGAAUUCUGUCAGUUCAGGGGUGCUUCCGGAAGAUCUCAAGAGCGACACCAUCGAUAUUGUCAUAGGAGCUGACAUCAUCUACGACGCAGACCACGCUCAAGGCGUGCUGGGGGCUCUUUGCCACUUCUUGCAAAGUGGUAGGGCGAAAGCUGCCAUCCUCAUCACCGGGGAGCCGGACAGGCGCCAGGGUGUGAAGCAGUUGGAUGAGUCUUUGGGCCUCGAAGAGCCACUCUCCGAGCUGGGACUCAGCGGCCAGCUGAAGCAAGUCUCCUGGACGCUGGAGCGCUUGCCGGGGGAAGAGAGGAGCCAUCGCCUCUACAGCUUCCAGUCGGUGCCCUGA